AUGACUCUCCUGGCAAGUCAUCUGGAGCAGAUCUCUGCGUCGGCAAAGGCCAUCGCUGAGCUGGAGUUCCCUCCACCGAAGAGAUUCACCAAUGCCUUGCUAAGCAAUGCUGAAAUCACCACCUUGAUUCGCGACACGGAACCUUACGAGCGCGCACUCUUUUCCCUUGAUCACAAUGCUGUCACUAGAAGUCGCCAGCGAUCGAAUAACCCAGACGCUGGCCCCAAUGGCCGCAAGAGCGGUUUCAAUCCUCCUCAUCCGUUGAAACCGUCAGCAGUCACGCUAGUACUAGGCACUGAUAUGCUGCGGGAAAUAAGGCAGUCAAGCAAUGCGCGAGCCCAUGGCGGAGUCAACGUCGAAGUGCUCCUCCGUGGUGCAGAGAAGCUUUGUGAGGUCUACAACGUUGCAGGGGCCUCGGACAAGAUUCGCGCACUCCGCAACCGUCAUAAAGAAGUCGCUGCCUCCAUUGCCGUGCUUGAAAAGAAGGUCCUCAGGCAACAGUCACUCUUGGAGCGCAGGCCUUCCACCUCGGACCCAGACAAUGCUGGAGACGAAAAUGACAGGCAACACGAUUUCACGGACAAUGAUAAGCACGCGGUCUUGACCGAGGACGAUUUCCAGCUUGAAGAGGACGAGAUACAAGAAUUAGAAGUAAUGAAGAAAAGGUUAGAAGACCGUGUCUCGGGCAUGGAAAGAGACCUUGGUGGACUCCUGAAAUGA